AUGUGCACACCCGGCGGCACUCACCCCCGGCGGCACUCACCCCUGGCGGCACUCACCCCCGGCGGCUCUCACCCCCGGCGGCACUCACCCCCGGAGGCUCUCACCCCCGGCGGCACUCACCCCCGGCGGCUCUCACCCCCGGCGGCACUCACCCCCGGCGGCACUCACCCCCGGCGGCACUCACCCCCGGCGGCACUCACCCCCGGCGCCACUCACCCCCGGCGGCACUCACCCCCGGCGGGCACUCACCCCCGGCGGCACUCACCCCCGGCGGCACUCACCCCCGGCGGCACUCACCCCCGGCGGCACUCACCCCCGGCGGCACUCACCCCCGGCGGCACUCACCCCCGGCGGCACUCACCCCCGGCCGGCACUCACCCCCGGCGGCACUCACCCCCGGCGGGCACUCACCCCCGGCGGGCACUCACCCCCGGCGGGCACUCACCCCCGGCGGGCACUCACCCCCGGCGGCACUCACCGCCGGCGGCACUCACCCCCGGCGGCUCUCACCCCGGGCGGCUCUCACCCCGGGCGGCACUCACCCCCGGCGGCACUCACCCCCGGCGGCACUCACCCCCGACGGCACUCACCCCCGGCGGGCACUCACCCCCGGCGGCACUCACCCCCGGCGGCACUCACCCUCGGCGGCACUCACCCCCGGCGGGCACUCACCCCCGGCGGGCACUCACCCCCGGCGGGCACACACCCCCGGCGGCACUCACCCCCGGCGGGCUCUCACCCCCGGCGGCUCUCACCCCCGGCGGAUCUCACCCCCGGCGGCUCUCACCCCGGGCGGCUCUCACCCCCGGCGGCACUCACCCCCGGCGACACUCACCCCCGGCGGCACUCACCCCCGGCGGCACUCACCCCCGGCGGCACUCACCCCCGGCGGCACUCACCCCCGGCGGCACUCACCCCCGGCGGCACUCACCCCCGACGGCACUCACCCCCGGCGGCACUCACCCCCGGCGGCACUCACCCCCGGCGGCACUCACCCCCGGCGGCACUCACCCCCGGCGGCACUCACCCCCGGCGGCACUCACCCCCGGCCGGCACUCACCCCCGGCGGCACUCACCCCCGGCGGGCACUCACCCCCGGCGGGCACUCACCCCCGGCGGGCACUCACCCCCGGCGGGCACUCACCCCCGGCGGCACUCACCCCCGGCGGCACUCACCCCCGGCGGCUCUCACCCCGGGCGGCUCUCACCCCGGGCGGCACUCACCCCCGGCGGCACUCACCCCCGGCGGCACUCACCCCCGGCGGCACUCACCCCCGGCGGGCACUCACCCCCGGCGGGCACUCACCCCCGGCCGGCACUCACCCCCGGCGGCACUCACCCCCGGCGGCACUCACCCCCGGCGGCACUCACCCCCGGCGGCACUCACCCCCGGCGGGCACUCACCCCCGGCGGCACUCACCCCCGGCGGCACUCACCCCGGCGGCACUCACCCCCGGCGGCACUCACCCCCGGCGGCACUCACCCCCGGCGGGCACUCACCCCCGGCGGCACUCACCCCCUGCGGGCACUCACCCCCGGCGGCACUCACCCCCGGCGGCACUCACCCCCGGCGGGCACUCACCCCCGGCGGCACUCACCGCCGGCGGCACUCACCCCCGGCGGCUCUCACCCCGGGCGGCUCUCACCCCGGGCGGCACUCACCCCCGGCGGCACUCACCCCCGGCGGCACUCACCCCCGACGGCACUCACCCCCGGCGGGCACUCACCCCCGGCGGCACUCACCCCCGGCGGCACUCACCCUCGGGCGGCUCUCACCCCCGGCGGGCACUCACCCCCGGCGGCACUCACCCCCGGCGGGCACACACCCCCGGCGGCACUCACCCCCGGCGGGCUCUCACCCCCGGCGGCUCUCACCCCCGGCGGAUCUCACCCCCGGCGGCUCUCACCCCCGGCGGCUCUCACCCCCGGCGGCACUCACCCCCGGCGACACUCACCCCCGGCGGCACUCACCCCCGGCGGCACUCACCCCCGGCGGCACUCACCCCCGGCGGCACUCACCCCCGGCGGCACUCACCCCCGGCGGGCACUCACCCCCGGCGGCACUCACCCCCGGCGGCACUCACCCCCGGCGGCACUCACCCCCGGCGGCACUCACCCCCGGCGGCACUCACCCCCGGCGGCACUCACCCCCGGCGGCACUCACCCCCGGCCGGCACUCACCCCCGGCGGCACUCACCCCCGGCGGGCACUCACCCCCGGCGGGCACUCACCCCCGGCGGGCACUCACCCCCGGCGGCACUCACCCCCGGCGGCACUCACCCCCGGCGGCUCUCACCCCGGGCGGCUCUCACCCCGGGCGGCACUCACCCCCGGCUGCACUCACCCCCGGCGGCACUCACCCCCGACGGCACUCACCCCCGGAGGGCACUCACCCCCGGCGGCACUCACCCCCGGCGGCACUCACCCCCGGCGGCACUCACCCCCGGCGGGCACUCACCCCCGGCGGGCACUCACCCCCGGCCGGCACUCACCCCCGGCGGCACUCACCCCGGCGGCACUCACCCCCGGCGGCACUCACCCCCGGCGGCACUCACCCCCGGCGGGCACUCACCCCCGGCGGCACUCACCCCCGGCGGCACUCACCCCCGGCGGCACUCACCCCCGGCGGCACUCACCCCCGGCGGCACUCACCCCCGGCGGCACUCACCCCCGGCGGGCACUCACCCCCGGCGGCACUCACCCCCUGCGGGCACUCACCCCCGGCGGCACUCACCCCCGGUGGGCACUCACCCCCGGCGGGCACUCACCCCCGGCGGGCACACACCCCCGGCGGCACUCACCCCCGGCGGGCUCUCACCCCCGGCGGCUCUCACCCCCGGCGGAUCUCACCCCCGGCGGCUCUCACCCCCGGCGGCUCUCACCCCCGGCGGCACUCACCCCCGGCGACACUCACCCCCGGCGGCACUCACCCCCGGCGGCACUCACCCCCGGCGGCACUCACCCCCGGCGGCACUCACCCCCGGCGGCACUCACCCCCGGCGGCACUCACCCCCGGCGGGCACUCACCCCCGACGGCACUCACCCCCGGCGGCACUCACCCCCGGCGGCACUCACCCCCGGCGGCACUCACCCCCGGCGGCACUCACCCCCGGCGGCACUCACCCCCGGCGGCACUCACCCCCGGCCGGCACUCACCCCCGGCGGCACUCACCCCCGGCGGGCACUCACCCCCGGCGGGCACUCACCCCCGGCGGGCACUCACCCCCGGCGGCACUCACCCCCGGCGGCACUCACCCCCGGCGGCUCUCACCCCGGGCGGCUCUCACCCCGGGCGGCACUCACCCCCGGCGGCACUCACCCCCGGCGGCACUCACCCCCGACGGCACUCACCCCCGGCGGGCACUCACCCCCGGCGGCACUCACCCCCGGCGGCACUCACCCCCGGCGGCACUCACCCCCGGCGGGCACUCACCCCCGGCGGGCACUCACCCCCGGCGGGCACACACCCCCGGCGGCACUCACCCCCGGCGGGCUCUCACCCCCGGCGGCUCUCACCCCCGGCGGAUCUCACCCCCGGCGGCUCUCACCCCCGGCGGCUCUCACCCCCGGCGGCACUCACCCCCGGCGACACUCACCCCCGGCGGCACUCACCCCCGGCGGCACUCACCCCCGGCGGCACUCACCCCCGGCGGCACUCACCCCCGGCGGCACUCACCCCCGGCGGCACUCACCCCCGGCGGGCACUCACCCCCGGCGGCACUCACCCCCGGCGGCACUCACCCCCGGCGGCACUCACCCCCGGCGGCACUCACCCCCGGCGGCACUCACCCCCGGCGGCACUCACCCCCGGCGGCACUCACCCCCGGCCGGCACUCACCCCCGGCGGCACUCACCCCCGGCGGGCACUCACCCCCGGCGGGCACUCACCCCCGGCGGGCACUCACCCCCGGCGGCACUCACCCCCGGCGGCACUCACCCCCGGCGGCUCUCACCCCGGGCGGCUCUCACCCCGGGCGGCACUCACCCCCGGGCGGCACUCACCCCCGGCGGCACUCACCCCCGGCGGCACUCACCCCCGGCGGGCACUCACCCCCGGCGGGCACUAACCCCCGGCGGCACUCACCCCCGGCGGCACUCACCCCCGGCGGCACUCACCCCCGGCGGGCACUCACCCCCGGCGGGCACUCACCCCCGGCCGGCACUCACCCCCGGCGGCACUCACCCCCGGCGGCACUCACCCCCGGCGGCACUCACCCCCGGCGGCACUCACCCCCGGCGGGCACUCACCCCCGGCGGCACUCACCCCCGGCGGCACUCACCCCCGGCGGCACUCACCCCCGGCGGCACUCACCCCCGGCGGCACUCACCCCCGGCGGCACUCACCCCGGCGGCACUCACCCCCGGCGGCACUCACCCCCGGCGGGCACUCACCCCCGGCGGCACUCACCCCCUGCGGGCACUCACCCCCGGCGGCACUCACCCCCGGCGGGCACUCACCCCCGGCGGGCACACACCCCCGGCGGGCACUCACCCCCGGCGGCACUCACCCCCGGCGGGCUCUCACCCCCGGCGGCUCUCACCCCCGGCGGAUCUCACCCCCGGCGGCUCUCACCCCCGGCGGCACUCACCCCCGGCGACACUCACCCCCGGCGGCACUCACCCCCGGCGGCACUCACCCCCGGCGGCACUCACCCCCGGCGGCACUCACCCCCGGCGGCACUCACCCCCGGCGGCACUCACCCCCGGCGGCACUCACCCCCGGCGGGCACUCACCCCCGGCGGCACUCACCCCCGGCGGCACUCACCCCCGGCGGCACUCACCCCCGGCGGCACUCACCCCCGGCGGCACUCACCCCCGGCGGCACUCACCCCCGGCGGCACUCACCCCCUGCCGGCACUCACCCCCGGCGGCACUCACCCCCGGCGGGCACUCACCCCCGGCGGGCACUCACCCCCGGCGGGCACUCACCCCCGGCGGCACUCACCCCCGGCGGCACUCACCCCCGGCGGCUUUCACCCCGGGCGGCACUCACCCCCGGCGGCACUCACCCCCGGCGGCACUCACCCCCGACGGCACUCACCCCCGGCGGGCACUCACCCCCGGCGGCACUCACCCCCGGCGGCACUCACCCCCGGCGGCACUCACCCCCGGCGGGCACUCACCCCCGGCGGGCACUCACCCCCGGCGGGCACUCACCCCCGGCGGGCACUCACCCCCGGCGGCACUCACCCCCGGCGGCACUCACCCCCGGCGGCACUCACCCCCGGCGGGCACUCACCCCCGGCGGCACUCACCCCCGGCGGGCACUCACCCCCGGCGGGCACUCACCCCCGGCGGCACUCACCCCCGGCGGCACUCACCCCCGGCGGCACUCACCCCCGGCGGCACUCACCCCCGGCGGGCACUCACCCCCGGCGGGCACUCACCCCCGGCGGGCACUCACCCCCGGCGGCACUCACCCCCUGCGGGCACUCACCCCCGGCGGGCACACACCCCCGGCGGCACUCACCCCCGGCGGGCUCUCACCCCCGGCGGCUCUCACCCCCGGCGGAUCUCACCCCCGGCGGCUCUCACCCCCGGCGGCUCUCACCCCCGGCGGCACUCACCCCCGGCGACACUCACCCCCGGCGGCACUCACCCCCGGCGGCACUCACCCCCGGCGGCACUCACCCCCGGAGGCACUCACCCCCGGCGGCACUCACCCCCGGCGGCACUCACCCCCGGCGGGCACUCACCCCCGGCGGCACUCACCCCCGGCGGCACUCACCCCCGGCGGCACUCACCCCCGGCGGCACUCACCCCCGGCGGCACUCACCCCCGGCGGCACUCACCCCCGGCCGGCACUCACCCCCGGCGGCACUCACCCCCGGCAGGCACUCACCCCCGGCGGGCACUCACCCCCGGCGGGCACUCACCCCCGGCGGCACUCACCCCCGGCGGCACUCACCCCCGGCGGCUCUCACCCCGGGCGGCUCUCACCCCGGGCGGCACUCACCCCCGGCGGCACUCACCCCCGGCGGCACUCACCCCCGACGGCACUCACCCCCGGCGGGCACUCACCCCCGGCGGCACUCACCCCCGGCGGCACUCACCCCCGGCGGCACUCACCCCCGGCGGGCACUCACCCCCGGCCGGCACUCACCCCCGGCGGCACUCACCCCCUGCGGGCACUCACCCCCGGCGGCAGUCACCCCCGGCGGGCACUCACCCCCGGCGGGCACUCACCCCCGGCGGCACUCACCCCCGGCGGCACUCACCCCCGGCGGGCACUCACCCCCGGCCGCACUCACCCCCGGCCGCACUCACCCCCGGCGGCACUCACCCCCGGCGGCACUCACCCCCGGCGGGCACUCACCCCCGGCGGCACUCACCCCCUGCGGGCACUCACCCCCGGCGGCACUCACCCCCGGCGGCACUCACCCCCGGCGGCACUCACCCCCGGCGGCACUCACCCCCGGCGGCACUCACCCCCGGCGGCACUCACCCCCGGCGGGCACUCACCCCCGGCGGCACUCACCCCCUGCGGGCACUCACCCCCGGCGGCACUCACCCCCGGCGGGCACUCACCCCCGGCGGGCACUCACCCCCGGCGGCACUCACCCCCGGCGGCACUCACCCCCGGCGGCUCUCACCCCGGGCGGCUCUCACCCCGGGCGGCACUCACCCCCGGCGGCACUCACCCCCGGCGGCACUCACCCCCGACGGCACUCACCCCCGGCGGGCACUCACCCCCGGCGGCACUCACCCCCGGCGGCACUCACCCCCGGCGGCACUCACCCCCGGCGGGCACUCACCCCCGGCGGGCACUCACCCCCGGCGGGCACACACCCCCGGCGGCACUCACCCCCGGCGGGCUCUCACCCCCGGCGGCUCUCACCCCCGGCGGAUCUCACCCCCGGCGGCUCUCACCCCCGGCGGCUCUCACCCCCGGCGGCACUCACCCCCGGCGACACUCACCCCCGGCGGCACUCACCCCCGGCGGCACUCACCCCCGGCGGCACUCACCCCCGGCGGCACUCACCCCCGGCGGGCACUCACCCCCGGCGGGCACUCACCCCCGGCGGCACUCACCCCCGGCGGCACUCACCCCCGGCGGCACUCACCCCCGGCGGGCACUCACCCCCGGCGGCACUCACCCCCGGCGGGCACUCACCCCCGGCGGGCACUCACCCCCGGCGGCACUCACCCCCGGCGGCACUCACCCCCGGCGGCACUCACCCCCGGCGGCACUCACCCCCGGCGGGCACUCACCCCCGGCGGGCACUCACCCCCGGCGGGCACUCACCCCCGGCGGCACUCACCCCCUGCGGGCACUCACCCCCGGCGGGCACACACCCCCGGCGGCACUCACCCCCGGCGGGCUCUCACCCCCGGCGGCUCUCACCCCCGGCGGAUCUCACCCCCGGCGGCUCUCACCCCCGGCGGCUCUCACCCCCGGCGGCACUCACCCCCGGCGACACUCACCCCCGGCGGCACUCACCCCCGGCGGCACUCACCCCCGGCGGCACUCACCCCCGGCGGCACUCACCCCCGGCGGCACUCACCCCCGGCGGCACUCACCCCCGGCGGGCACUCACCCCCGGCGGCACUCACCCCCGGCGGCACUCACCCCCGGCGGCACUCACCCCCGGCGGCACUCACCCCCGGCGGCACUCACCCCCGGCGGCACUCACCCCCGGCCGGCACUCACCCCCGGCGGCACUCACCCCCGGCAGGCACUCACCCCCGGCGGGCACUCACCCCCGGCGGGCACUCACCCCCGGCGGCACUCACCCCCGGCGGCACUCACCCCCGGCGGCUCUCACCCCGGGCGGCUCUCACCCCGGGCGGCACUCACCCCCGGCGGCACUCACCCCCGGCGGCACUCACCCCCGACGGCACUCACCCCCGGCGGGCACUCACCCCCGGCGGCACUCACCCCCGGCGGCACUCACCCCCGGCGGCACUCACCCCCGGCGGGCACUCACCCCCGGCGGGCACUCACCCCCGGCCGGCACUCACCCCCGGCGGCACUCACCCCCGGCGGCACUCACCCCCGGCGGCACUCACCCCCGGCGGCACUCACCCCCGGCGGGCACUCACCCCCGGCGGGCACACACCCCCGGCGGCACUCACCCCCAGCGGCACUCACCCCCGGCGGGCACUCACCCCCGGCGGCACUCACCCCCGGCGGCACUCACCCCCGGCGGCACUCACCCCCGGCGGCACUCACCCCCGGCGGCACUCACCCCCGGCGGCACUCACCCCCGGCGGCACUCACCCCCGGCGGCACUCACCCCCGGCGGGCACUCACCCCCGGCGGGCACUCACCCCCGGCGGCACUCACCCCCUGCGGGCACUCACCCCCGGCGGCACUCACCCCCUGCGGGCACUCACCCCCGGCGGCAGUCACCCCCGGCGGGCACUCACCCCCGGCGGGCACUCACCCCCGGCGGCACUCACCCCCGGCGGCACUCACCCUCGGCGGGCACUCACCCCCGGCCGCACUCACCCCCGGCCGCACUCACCCCCGGCGGCACUCACCCCCGGCGGCACUCACCCCCGGCGGGCACUCACCCCCGGCGGCACUCACCCCCUGCGGGCACUCACCCCCGGCGGCACUCACCCCCGGCGGCACUCACCCCCGGCGGCACUCACCCCCGGCGGCACUCACCCCCGGCGGCACUCACCCCCGGCGGCACUCACCCCCGGCGGGCACUCACCCCCGGCGGCACUCACCCCCUGCGGGCACUCACCCCCGGCGGCACUCACCCCCGGCGGGCACUCACCCCCGGCGGGCACUCACCCCCGGCAGCACUCACCCCCGGCGGCACUCACCCCCGGCGGCUCUCACCCCGGGCGGCUCUCACCCCGGGCGGCACUCACCCCCGGCGGCACUCACCCCCGGCGGCACUCACCCCCGACGGCACUCACCCCCGGCGGGCACUCACCCCCGGCGGCACUCACCCCCGGCGGCACUCACCCCCGGCGGCACUCACCCCCGGCGGGCACUCACCCCCGGCGGGCACUCACCCCCGGCGGGCACACACCCCCGGCGGCACUCACCCCCGGCGGGCUCUCACCCCCGGCGGCUCUCACCCCCGGCGGAUCUCACCCCCGGCGGCUCUCACCCCCGGCGGCACUCACCCCCGGCGACACUCACCCCCGGCGGCACUCACCCCCGGCGGGCACUCACCCCCGGCGGGCACUAA